AUGACUAUCUCAUUUUUCAAAGAAACAAAAACCAGAAAAAUAAAAUAUCCAUCUUAUCUGCUGAACAUUGCAAUGUUCAAAUCUCCACCUUGUAACCUCUUUUCCUCAGUAAUCCCCAUAUUUCCCUUAGUACACCCAUUCACCUCUCCCAGUCGCACUACUCCACAAGUGGCAACCACAUACUACAGAUCUCACACAACUAUGAGUGAAGAAAACGACCCGCUUUUGUCGGCAUUGCAAGAGGGCGACGCAGGCUCGAACCCCCCAGCUGCCAAUGGCGACCAGGAGGCACAACAGGCUUCUGAAUCCACCCAGAACAUCCAAAACUCCCAACCCGAACAACCUCAAGAACAACAACCGGUGGAAACGCCAGAACAGCGCGAAAGAACAAAAGCAUUGAAAAAGUUCAAGGAAAAGCUUGUGGAGCACCGCAAAUGGGAUGCCCGCCUCAAGGAAUUGCGUUUGAGCAUGAGAGACUCCGAGAAAACAUACGAGAAGACAGAAAACGACAUCAAGGCGUUACAGUCUGUUGGUCAGAUUGUCGGCGAGGUAUUGAAGCAACUCACAGAUGAUACUUACAUAGUCAAGGCGCUGAGCGGGCCGCGCUACAUUGUUGGAUGUCGUAACACCAUCAAAAAGGAUAGCCUCAAGAACGGUGUCCGUGUUUCAUUGGACAUGACCACAUUGACCAUCAUGCGUAUCUUGCCUCGUGAGGUGGACCCAUUGGUGUACAACAUGACGACGUUUGAGCCAGGCGAGAUUUCUUUCAACGGAAUUGGUGGUUUGACUGAACAGAUUCGUGAAUUGAGAGAGGUGAUAGAAUUGCCGUUGAAAAACCCAGAGUUGUUCACUCGUGUCGGUAUCAAGCCUCCAAAAGGUGUUCUUUUGUACGGCCCUCCAGGUACUGGUAAAACCCUUUUGGCCAAGGCCGUCGCAGCUACUAUUGGUGCGAACUUCAUCUUUUCCCCAGCCUCUGCCAUCGUGGACAAAUACAUUGGUGAGUCAGCACGUUUGAUCAGAGAAAUGUUUUCGUACGCCCGUGAACACGAGCCUUGUAUUAUUUUCAUGGACGAAAUUGAUGCUAUUGGAGGAAGAAGAUUCAGUGAGGGUACCUCUGCAGACAGAGAGAUCCAACGUACCUUGAUGGAACUCUUGAAUCAAAUGGAUGGUUUCGACACAUUGGGCCAAACGAAGGUCAUUAUGGCCACCAAUCGUCCCGACACUCUCGAUCCAGCUUUAUUGAGAGCUGGUAGAUUGGACCGUAAGAUCGAAAUUGGCUUGCCUAAUGAAGCUGGUCGUUUGGAGAUCUUCAAGAUUCACACUGCCAAGGUGUGCAAGCAGGGUGAGUUUGACUUUGAGGCUGCUGUCAAAAUGAGUGACGGUUUCAAUGGUGCUGAUAUCAGAAACGUCAUCACCGAGGCUGGUUUCUUUGCUAUUCGUGACGAAAGAGAUUACAUCGUACAAAAUGACUUGAUGAAAGCAGUGCGGAAGGUUGCUGAUGUCAAGAAGCUAGAGGGUAAGUUAGAUUACGAGAAGCUAUAG